AUGACUUAUUUUGACAAUAAAGAUAUUCAAGAACUUUCGAAAACAGUAGAAAAUGAUUCAUUAAACAAUAAUUAUUCUAAACCUGAAAAUGUAAACAAUGAAUCAGAUGUUUUAACUGAAAAAUUGUUUCAAUUAAUUGGUGGACCAUCUCCCGUAGCAAUUGUGAGACCUGCUCUAAAAACUAGAUCAAAAUUGAUGGAUCAAGGUGUUCAAUGGAAUGAUGGAUUAAGGUUAAAACAUUGGACAAAAGUCUCGAAUAUCGAAGAUCAGGAUCGAGAUUGGUCCAAGGAAGAAACUGAUUAUCUGUUUGAUAUGUGUAGAAAAUAUGAUCUUAGGUUUAUUAUUAUACAUGAUAGAUAUGAUUUUCCAAAUAAGAUUAGAACUAUUGAAGAUUUAAAAGAAAGAUACUACUCGGUGUGUAAAAAGAUUUUACAAAUAAGACCAACGCAACCUGGUAACAAUCAACAAGACAAAGGUGCAAUUAUUGCAUUGAAUACUUAUGAUAAAGUAAAGGAAGAAAAAAGAAAAAAAAAUUUACGUCAUUUGUAUAACCGUUCUUCGAAACAAAUAGCGGAAGAAGAGUCAUUGUUAAAGGAAUAUGGGCAUAUUGAACAAAUUGAAAAGAAAAUUAGAAAAGAGAGUGAAACUUUCAAUCUAUCUGCCGGGGAUUCAUUUAAAAGACAACAACAAAACCAACAUUAUCGUACAUCAACUUCAACCACCACUGUAUCAGAACCUCAUUCAAAAGUUGAAGCCAUAAUACCUAUACAUACACGGUGUGAAAAAUUCCCAAUAGGAGCAUCAGUUAGAAGUCAAAAAAUACCAGUUCCAAAACAAAACUUAUUAACAAAAGUACAAAAGACUUUCCAGGAAUGUGGACUAGGAUAUCUUCCCACUGUACCAACUGAAAGUGUUUGUGGUAAAUGGACAGAAUUACAAAAAGCUAUUCAAAACUUGUUGGAUUUAAAAAAAAAUCUUGAAAAACAAGAAAAUGAAUUGAAGACAAAACAAGCAACCUUGCAAAAAGCAAAAUCGAGUAUCAUCGAUAGCUCUAACUUCAACAAUUCACUGUAA